UCGUAUUUUGGCGAUCUCUCUCUCUCUAUAUCUAUAUUUAUAGCGAAAUCACAUGGUAUAUGAUUGAUUUCACUUACAAAUCUAAAACCCACGAAAUCAUUCUGAAAUUUGAUCAUAUAUCCUUCUCGAAUUUUCUAGAUCCAGUUUGUCUUUCUCCAUUUCAAGAAUGUUUAACGGAAUGAUGGAUCCGGAAUUGAUCAGGAUGGCUCAAGAGCAGAUGAGCCGGAUGUCGCCCUCCGAAUUCGCCAGGAUUCAAGAGCAGAUGACAUCUAAUCCUGACUUGAUGAGGAUGGCUUCUGAAGGCAUGAAAAACAUGAGGCCCGAAGACUUGAGAAUGGCUGCAGAGCAACUUAAGAAUACUCGUCCAGAGGAGAUGGCUGAGAUUGGUGAGAAGAUGGCCAAUGCAUCCCCUGAAGAAAUAGCUGCGAUGCGCUCGCGUUUGGGGGGUCAAGUUACUUAUGAAAUAAAUGGGGCUGAGAUCCUUAAGAAACAGGGAAAUGAACUUCACAGUCAGGGAAAGUAUGAUGAAGCAUUGAAGAAAUAUUCACGAGCAAAGACAAAUGUAAAAGACAUACCAUCCUCCAAAGCCAGAAACUUGUUGUUGGCAUGCUCCCUUAACAUGAUGUCAUGCUACUUGAAAACUAGACAAUUUGACGAAUGCAUUAAAGAAGGGUCUGAGGUAUUGGGAUAUGAUGUGAAUAAUGUCAAAGCACUCUAUCGAAGGGGUCAAGCUUAUAAGGAAUUACAACAACUAGAAGAUGCUGUCUCUGAUCUAAAUAAAGCCCAUGAAGUCACUCCAGAGGAUGAAACGAUUGCAGAAGUUUUAAGGGAUGCCAAGGAAAAGUUAUCAACACAACCUAGUCGUCGUCCCUCUGGAGGGUUAGUUAUUGAGGAAAUAGUGGAGGAGGAGCAGAAUGAGUUGCCUAAAAAUCAUGAAAAUUCUAACAGGGAAGAUAAUAAGAGGCAGUCUGUAAGCAGCAGCCAGACUCCAUCAAAUAGUGCAGAGUACUUGCAGACUUUGAAUAACCCUGAGUCAAUUAGAUCUUUCCAGAGCUUCAUGUCUCAAGCGAACCCAGAGACUUUGUCUGCUUUAGGUGGGCAAGCGGAAGGAAUAUCUCCUGAAAUGAUUAAAACAGCUUCUAAUAUGAUGAGCAAGAUGUCUCCUGAAGAACUCCAAAGAAUGGUUCAAUUAGCUUCUUCAUUUCAAGGCGAGAAUCCUUACCUUAAGAAGAAUGGAUCUUCAAACCCUAGUACUGGCUUCAGAUCUGGUGGGUCCAUGCCCACUCCUGAUAUGAAUCCUGAAAUGAUCAAAAUGGCAAGUGAUAUGGUGGGUAAUAUGUCUGUAGAGGAACGACAGAAGAUGUUUGAUAUGGCUUCAUCCUUAAGAACCAAGGGCUCAGAUGCUGUACCAGUACCGUCUUUACAUUCCAAUGGGCUUAGAUCAGAAUCUGGAUCAAGAUCUGCUGAAGGUUUUGUUGAAGAAGAAGAGGAGGGAUACCUACAGGCUGGACCUUCAGAGUCCAGAAAUGUUUCCAACUCUGGUUUCUCCAAUCCGUCAACUGAUCUUCAAGACCAAAUGAGAAACCAGAUGAAAGAUCCCGCCAUGCGGCAGAUGUUUUCUUCAAUGAUGAAAAAUAUGAGCCCAGAUAUGAUGGCAAGCAUGAGCGAACAAUUUGGAUAUAAACUUUCAAAGGAGGAUGCUGAAAAGGCACAAAAAGCCAUGUCUUCAUUGUCUCCGGAUGACCUGGAUAAAAUGAUGAAGUGGGCAGAUAGGAUACAAAAAGGAGUCGAGGUGACAAAAAAGACGAAGAAUUGGGUAUUGGGAAAACCGGGGAUGAUAUGUGCCAUACUUAUGCUUCUCUUGGCUGUAGUUCUUCACUUUCUCGGCUAUAUUGGAAAGUAGAAAAUCUGGACAUAGUCUGUUUCUGUAACUUAAAAAGAGUUUAUAUCGAACUAUUAUUCAUUGUUCAUGUUUUCUCUUUCAAUUGAGAGCCAAAGUACACAAAUUAUUUAAUCUUUUGGUUGCAAAUUUAGAG